CUGGAAAAUAUCAAAAACAGCAAAAAGGGGAUUGAGAGGACGGAGAAAACUACUUAGCUUCCACAGGGCCAAGCCAGUAGAUACCAAUUGGCCGUCUCUUUCAUUUCCCGAGUUUCACUGCAGUUGGUAUACUAUUGUAUUGGUUUGGAUCUUUCCCCUUCAUUUCCUACACUCUCUCAAUUGCAGCAAGAAGGAAUUUCAUGAAACCCACUGGUAAUCGUAGUCCCGGGAGAAAGCGGCCGAUAAGAUAAAGUCCUCCACAAUCCUCACACGCCCACUCUUUACCCGUUCCGGAGUUCCCAAUUCCCACUCCCGAAUUCAAUUUUCUCGUUCAAUCAGUCGCCGUCACUCUCUCUUUCUAGGUACAGCUCGACUUAUUAAUUGUUCUGUUCCUGUCUUUCUUUUCUUGCGAGUUGGAAUGCCGGGCUUUUGCUUGCUGGAUCUGAUGCUGAAAGUUAGGCUCUUCGUCAAUGGUUUGGAUUUUGAUACUUCAGUCUGAGUUGAGGUUUCUGGGUUCGAUUUUAGUAUUAUCGCUCUUGGUGGUGAACUGGGGAAGUAAUGAAAGAAAGGGUUUGAUUUCACCCACUAGGGUUUAGAUUGGUACUUCCAGUCCCUCUGCAUGUUUUGCCUUUGGAAUUUUUAAGGGGUUUCUUCUGAGGUGUGGUAUGUAGUUGGUCAAAAUAUACGCGUCGCUCUACUUUCUCUGAUGGAAAGCGCCAUUCUUUUACAUUUACUUUUGCUACUACUAGAAGUAACGAGCUUAGUAUUGUGGUUACCUGUAAAGCAGUUUAGGUUCAAGAACGUAACCAAGUCCGAAGAUUAGAGCCAACGUUUGUUCGAUUCUGCAAUGCUUUAUUACUUCCCAACUCAGAGUCAGAGACGGGGACUUCUAUACAUGCCAGAAGAUGGUGGAAAAUGAAAGCCGCUAGAAACCCUCUGCCCUGUUACUUGUUAUCUUCUUGGAUGUUCUUUUUUGCAAUUUCCACCGUUUCUGCACCAUUUAAGGUAGCGUCUUAAAAGAGACUAGGCUCUUAUAAUGUAAGUGAUCAUUUCUUUCUUGAAAAGCAGUAUCAUCGUUCUCACGAACUGAUGAGUCUAUGUUGGUAUAUGAGUGUUUGAAAAGAUCACUCUUAGUUUAGUUUGUCAAGUGGAUCUUCCUUGUCUUCAGAUAAAGAAUCGAUUUGAUAGAUGCCCUUUCCUUAUCUUCUUGUGUUUGAUGGCUCGGAUGUGAAGUGGCUUACUAAUGUGCAUUUCAGGUGUAUACAAACUCUCCGUGAUGUUGCUUCUGUAUCUUUUUCCCAACCAGUCGUCUUUUUUGUAAUAUUUUUUUAAUAGGUGUCUUGUUUUGUUAUGAUCAAGGUUCACCUCUCAUUGAAAGUUAGGGGUUUGAUAUGGGAUCAAGUAGGCCGUUGUUUGUUGCUAAUGCAGAGCUAAAAUCUUAGGACAGAACAUAAAAUGGGCAAACUGUGGUAGUCUGAAGUGAAAAUGGUUAAUUAAUUAUGACAUUAUGAUUGAUUCAACUGUUUUUAUAUCAACAUGCAGGGAGGAGAAGAGAGUUGUGAAUUGGAAAAUUCAGAAUGAUAAAAAGGUUUCCAAGUAGAAAUUCUAGGUCCAAAGGAAUCAAGGUGAAGCAUGUCUUGCAGAUUUGCCUGUUGCUUGGUGUCUGCUUCUGGUUAAUAUACCAGGUCAAGCAUUCCCAUGAUAAGAAAAAUGAGUUCGAUGGUAAAGAUGCAAAAGUUUCCACCACUACUAGAACACACGUUCAUGAUAAUGAGAUUCUAAAGUUGGGGAGGAAAGACCUGCAUCCUCGUGUGGAUGAUGUGGCUAAGAAUGAGAAAGCGGCUGAAGAUGAAGACGAAGAAACGGUUCCAGAGGAGGAAAUCAUCAAUGGGGUAGGAGACAAUAAGCAUGCAGAAGAGCUAGAGCAAGAACUCGAACUUACUAAGCACGAAGAAGAGGAGCGAGAAGAUGUUAGCAAGCAUGAACAGGAAGAAGAAAGGGGUGAUGAUGAUGACGAUGACGAGAACAACAAGGGUGACAUGGAAGAGGAAAAGAAGGCUGAAGAGACUGAAGUAGAAAGCAGAGCUGCUGGCGAUGAUGAGUUAGAUGAACAUGAUCAGGAUAAACUGGAUGGAGAAAGUGUAGAGGAAGAUCUAUUAGAUGAGGAGAAAGAGAAAGGGAGAGAGGAUGAUGAUGCAAAGGAGGGUGAAGUUAAUAAAGAAGAGGACAAGGAGGUCCAUGCCACUUUACCUGAAGAUGAGGAUCAUGAGGACGGAAGCCAAAACUCCCAUGAGGCCCGUGAGGAGAACUACAAAGGAGAUGACGCUUCAAGUGCUGUUACUCAUGAUGAAAACACCGGUGGAAAGGACAAAAUAAAUGAUCUUCAGCAGGAACAGGGUGACAUGGCUGCUAAUAACUCUCGUCAGGAAGAUGAAGUUGCCAAUAGUAGUGGAACUGGGAUUGCCGAUGACAUUAUUAAAACAGACUCAACAUUGCAACAGGAACAGGGUGACAUGGCUGCUAAUAACUCUCGUCAGGAAGAUGAAGUUGCCAAUAGUAAUGGAACUGGGAUUGCCAAUGACAUUAUUAAAACAGACUCAACAUUGCAGCAGGAACAAGGUGACAUGGCUGCUAAUAAUUCUCGUCAGGAAGAUGAAGUUGCCAAUAGUAGUGGAACUGGGAUUGCCAAUGAGAUUGUUAAAACAGGCUCAAUAUUGCAACAGGAGCAAGGUGACAAGGCUGCUAAUAACUCGGCAAGUGUGUUGUCCGGUGGUGAACAGACGAUUAAGGACGAGAGGAUCAUCAAUCUGCCUAGCUCAGAGAACCAGUCAACUACAAAUGUGUUGGCGGUUGGGAAUGUAAAAACUGGGAACAAGAAUACCACGGGAGAUACUGCUUCACUGGCAGCAGCUGUGUCUGAUUCUACAUCUGAAGAAAAUGCAACAUCUGGAGGCUUAGCAAUUGGAGGAUUAUCCAACCGGGAUUCCACUGAAGCCGAAAAGAUCAACUACGAUGAGACCGUCUCUGGUAACGCUCUGUCCUCCAACUCGAAUAGCAACUUAGAAUCUGGUGUUGAUCAGGCAGUCAGCAAAGAUGAGACAACAGGUGAAGCAGAAGGGGUGAAACCUGGGUUGCCAAUCACACAUUCUGGCGUUAGUCAUGGUGGGACGUCAGAGGAGAACAAGACCGAAUCACGCCACAACGGUAACCGUGGGAUUGAAGGUGGCGUUAGGCACGAUCCUAUCGAUUCUUCUGAUUCUUCAGUUGGUCAAGAAGAGAACUCAGGGUUUGGGACAAAUGUAGGAGUUGGCAACCAGACUGUUGCAGCGGAAUGAUUUAGUUGAGCAAACUCAAGAGUCCUAUGUGACCAACCGUUGCACUGACUUUUCUCUUAUCACCCGGGUUUUAUAGUAGUUCCGUUUUGGGUAACAGCGAGUCCAGCUCAAGGUAUAGAAUAUCCAUCAAAUGUUAGACUGGAGAAUACGAGUUUAGUUGCUCUUCAGUGAGAGUUAGGAAACUGGUGAACGAGUUUGUUUGGUUUUUCCUCCCUUUUUAUUGUAUAAUCCAUGCCCUCUUGUCAACUGGAUUGAUUUCCUUCCAAGUCAUUCUGUUUCCCCUUUCCAGAAUCCCUUGUGCGUAACUGGCCGAAACUGUGAAUGGAAU